GCCGCCUGGUCCCCUGGAUUACCGCUUACAUUCACCGGAUUACUCCACUCCAUCCCGGCCUCCGGCCAGCGGAUGAUGCUGUGCGGCCCUGCCCGGGGCCCCGAUAGCGCAUCAUGAGUUUCAGCUCGACUCCCCGCAGCCCGGGCCUGCUCCGCACCCGCCUGCAGUUCUCUCCCAGUGACUGUGAGGAGGAGGAUGGACAUAGCACCGGUGAGGACUCGGCCUUCCAGGAGUCUGAUUCGCCCGUUUCUGGCUCGAGGGGACAGCUCGAGGAGGGGCUCGGCUGCUCCCCGGUCAAGUCCCCCGGGGAUUACUUCAUGAACGGCACCCCGUCUCCGAGCCGCUACCGGAGGCAGGAGCGGGAGGGCUCGAGUUCCCCCAUCCCAGACUGUCCGGGCACCCCGCCCCACAAGACUUUCCGCAAACUGCGGCUCUUUGACACACCGCACACCCCCAAGAGUUUGUUGUCGAAGGCUCGGGUCGGCGGCUCCAGCUCCGUCAGGUGCAAAGGGGGCACUCUGUUCCCAGAAUCAGGGAAACCGGGAAAAGCAGAGUCCACCUACAGCACGCCGCAGGUCAACAUUAACCCCUUCACCCCCGAUUCCCUGGAUCUGCAGAACUCAACCGGCCUUCGCAGGCGCAAGAGAACACAUUGGGAUGAUUCUUAUGGGGAAGAUAUGGAGGGCAGCGAUGGAGAAUUGGAAGAGGAAAGUGUCCGACCCGCUAAGAGAAUAACUAUAACGGAAAGCAAUAUGAAAUCCCGAUACGCAACAGAGUUCCAUGAACUCGAGAUUAUAGGCUCCGGAGAGUUUGGGUCCGUGUUCAAGUGCGUGAAGCGUCUGGAUGGCUGCAUCUACGCCAUUAAACGCUCCAAGAAGCCUCUAGCUGGCUCGGUGGAUGAGCAGAACGCUCUCCGGGAGGUGUAUGCGCAUGCCGUCCUCGGGCAGCAUGCUCACGUAGUCCGGUAUUACUCGGCUUGGGCAGAAGACGAUCAUAUGCUCAUCCAGAAUGAGUACUGCAAUGGUGGCAGUUUAGCUGACGCAAUCAGUGAAAAUUACCGGACGAUGCGCUUCUUCACAGAACCCGAAUUAAAGGAUUUGCUCCUGCAGGUGGCUCGUGGUCUGAAAUACAUUCAUUCGAUGUCUCUGGUGCACAUGGACAUCAAGCCAAGUAAUAUUUUUAUUUCUCGGAUAUCUGUCCCAAUCUCUGCAUUGGAUGAGGUUGAUGACGACGAGUGCGCCCCUCGGAAAGUUACUUAUAAAAUAGGUGACCUUGGCCACGUGACGCGUGUUAGCAGCCCCCAAGUGGAGGAGGGAGACAGUCGCUUCCUUGCUAAUGAAGUCUUGCAGGAGAACUAUACUCACUUGCCCAAGGCUGACAUCUUUGCCCUGGCGCUGACAGUAUGGUGCGCCGCUGGCGCUGAGCCCCUUCCGUCCAACGGGGAGCCCUGGCACGAAAUCCGGCAAGGCAAAUUACCGCGGAUUCCACAGCUGCUGUCCCAGGAGCUGCUCGAUCUGAUUAAGCUCAUGAUCUCUCCAGAUCCAGAGAAAAGGCCUUCGUCCGUGGCCCUCGUGAAGCAUUCGGUGCUCUUAUCCGCCUCUCGGAAAAGCGCUGAGCAGUUACGGAUAGAGCUGAAUGCUGAAAAGUUUAAAAAUGCCCUUCUUCAAAAGUAACUGAAGAAAGCGCAGAUGGCAAAAGCGGCCGCUGAAGAAAGAGUUCUCUUCCCGGACCGAGUGACGACAAGGUCAACUUCGCAAAGCAGCAGAGCGACGCGCCUUAUCGGGAAGAAGAUGAACCGUUCUGUUAGCCUUACUAUAUACUAACGCACAUACCCUGCCGCCAUCGCUCCGCGGUCGCCGUAACGUUUACGGCUUUAGAGUUCGCUUUUUAAUGGACGGUGUGUAGCUGUAGAUGUUAAUGAUUAACAUCCCUGUUGAGGUUUUAUAGGAUUUCUUUUUUUGUAUUGCCUGAAUUAUGGUUCAGUUAAUUACUUCUGUGCCCCGGUUGGUAGACGGGAGUCCUCAAAAUAUUGUAUUUGUAUUUUCAUUACAAAUUGGCACUAAAUGGAAAAACCCAGGGGUAGAUAUUCUUAGGGUGUCUAUUCCGGGUCAAAGCGGAUAACGUGCUUGAAGUUAGUAAGUCUUUCUAGGACCCAUAAUGUUAGCCUCUAUAGGGGUAAAGUGAUGAUCGAGUCUGGCUAUUAGAAGCCAGAAGGAGAGAGCCCUUUCAGAACACACAAGCGGGCAAGUUGGUGGCUUCUUACACCAAGUACCGGCCCUGCCUUUCAUCGAUUAGUUUUUUAAAAUGCGUUUCUCUCCGGUAAUAGCCGAUAGGUAUAAAGCGCCGCGAUGUGCGCUGAUCCAGUGUUCCCUUCCUGUAAAUUUGUAUAAUAAUCCGGCUUUUGUGUCAAGUUUCUGUAGGUAGCGGUGGAAGCCGACACGAGCCGCUCUCAUUUUUUUGUACAAUGGUACAUUUUUAUUGUGAAUUUUUAUUGUAUAUUCAACUUUGAGCACUUUGGCACCAGGCAAAUUGUGUGGAAACCCAUGUGUUUAUUUGCCAUGUGAAAUUUGCUGCUAUUUUAGGUUUUUGUCUCGUUUUUUUUGUUUUUUUCUUCUCUCUAUUGGCUGUAAAACUGUAGCAUUAAACAAUCAUCGUUGUACUUUAACCCAGGAAUCCCCAAUGUGAACGGCCCGGUAGUUGGAAAGAUUGUCGAUUACCCGAGCUCCUUACAGUUUGAGCGAGAAUGUGCCCCGUUACCCUCUCCCGCGUGUAUUAUGUUUUUAUGGGACUUUUCUGCUCUAUUGCCUGAGUUGUAGAUUAACUGUACAUAUUUCUUUGUGUAUUUUGUCUUUAAUGUGAAGCCCACGGGAGCCCCGAGCUUCUUUUAAGUGCUACCCUUUGUUUAAAAACGGCAAUGAAUUCCUCUUUGCAUAGAAGAUAUGCAGUGAUUACGAUGCCUCUUCCAUCUCUGCCGCAAGUGCGCUGGAUCCCCGAGUACAUAUACUGUAUUCCCCCGAGCUCCUGUCAGACGCCCCUUCUCAGUGUUUUUUCCUUGGAGGCAGUAUUUGCCGCGGGUUUAGAUCUGCUUUCCUCCACGGAAUGUGCAAACGUAACGAAGUCUCCAAUUUCUGGCUCCCAGGGCCAGGUUUGUUCAAACCGUUUAGGUAAUCGGGGCCUCGUUUUGUACGCCUGACUGUUCCUUCUCCAAACAAAGCUGCGUUUUGAUAAAGAACGAGCCGGUGCUUCCGGUUCUGCGCUUGUGAUCAUUUUUGUUCCUGUAAAAAAAAUGUGUAAAUAAAGUUUGUGCCUUUCUGUC